GCAUAAUUUAGUGUAGGGAAUAUUUAGGUACUCAUGCAAACAAACGACAUAUUACACAUAUUUUUUAAUAGCUCAGCCAAUUCUAUAAAAAAGGAAAACUUGUCUAAGCAGACAGAUGGGAAAGGAAGGGAAGAGAAAACAAACAAAAGGAGAGAAAAGCAAAAUCAAAAUCAAAACAACAACUGCACAAAAGUGAUAAGCAUGGCUUCUAGAGACAAAAGAAGAGAGUCUCUGGAACAGACUUUGCAACAACUUCGCGAUGUCACAAACUCAACUGCUCUGAACAAAGCUUCAAUCAUUGCAGAUGCCUCAAAAUACAUAGAGGAGUUGAAACAAAAAGUGGAGGGACUGAACUCAGAGCUGGGGAUCAAUGAAUCAUCAUCAAACUCUCAAAUUGAUGAACUACCUGCGGUAACUGUGAAAACCCUAAAGAAGGGUUUCCUCAUUAACGUGCUUUUAGAGAACAAUAGUCCUGGUAUGCUCGUGUCUGUACUCGAAGCCUUCGAAGAACUUGGCCUUGAUGUGCUUGAUGCUAGGGUUUCUUGUGAAGACAGUUUCCAGCUAGAAGCUGUGGGAAGAGAAAGUCACAAGAACGACAGUGUUGACGCGCAAGUGGUAAAGCAAGCAGUGUUGCAAGCAAUCAAGAAGGAGGACUAAUUAAUGAAAGCACACGGAUUAGAAAAA